UGGAUGGAUAAAAUAGACGUGACCCCCGUCGUGAUGCGAAAGUCGAAUGGCUUGCGAACCAGCAAUUAACACCUUUGCUUGAAAGUCGCCGGCCGACAUUUAUUUAUUUUUUUGUUAGUUCACAUAGACAAGAUGGUUAGAUCAAUCAGAGUACUGAGCGCAUCGCUUCAACUGUCCAAGAGCUGGGCGACGCCCAGAUUCGGCAGUACACAGUUAUAUGCCCCGCUCAUCCGGAGACUGUAUUCGACAGAUGGCCCGAAGCCGAAACGUGGCGGAUCGAAAGUGUACAAGUCGGCGGAUGAUGCGGUCGCAGAUCUCAAAGAUGGCUCGGUAAUCCUAAGUGCUGGAUUCGGCCUGUGUGGUGUAGCCGAAACCCUCAUUCAAGCGAUACACAAGAAGGGUCUCAAGAACCUCACAGCAGUGUCGAACAAUGCUGGUUCUGGUGACAAGGGUCUUGCAAAACUCACCGGAGAUGGACGGAUAACCAAGAUGAUCAUGUCAUACCUUGGCAGUAAUAAGGAGUUAGAACGACAAUAUCUCAGCGGUGAGGUUGCGGUUGAGCUAUCCCCACAGGGGACCUUAGCUGAGAGGCUUCGUGCCGCCGGUGCUGGUAUUCCAGCCUUUUAUACAUCGACCGGAGGCAAAACGUUCAUUGAGUCGGGAGACAUCCCACUCAGGUUCACUCCGGAGGACGGUGUUAUAGAAAGGGGUGUUCAGAAAGAGUCUAGGCUUUUUGGUGGCAAGUCCUAUAUCAUGGAGACUGCAUUGCCCGGCGACGUAGCUAUUCUGAGAGCAUGGAAAGUCGACGAGGCUGGCAACUGUGUCUUCAAGUACACGACCAAGACUUACGCGCCGCUCAUGGCAAAGGCUGCGAAGAUCGCCAUCGUCGAAGCUGAGGAAAUCGUGCCGAUUGGUUCGCUCGACCCGCAAAAUGUGCAUCUUCCCGGCAUCUUUAUUGAUCGAAUCGUCCCGGCUACAGCCCCGAAGAACAUCGAGAACUUGAAGCUCGCACCUCCGACAGACCCGACCAAGAGCAGCAAACCCAACGCGCGAAACACUAUUGCAAAACGCGCAGCCAAGGAGUUGCAGGAUGGAUACUUUGUCAACCUUGGCGUUGGCAUUCCGACACUGGCUGCUUCAUACGUACCAGAGGGUGUCAAGGUCUGGCUUCAGUCCGAGAACGGUAUCCUGGGCAUGGGUCCUUACCCUGCCACCGAGGAGGAUGUCGACCCAGAUCUCAUCAACGCUGGCAAGGAGACCGUCACUCUACUCCCUGGUGCUUCAGUAUUUGACUCUGCUGAGUCUUUCGGUAUGAUCCGUGGUGGUCAUGUUGAUGUUUCAAUUUUGGGUGCUUUCCAGGUCUCGGCCUCUGGAGACUUGGCCAACUACAUGAUUCCUGGCAAGAUCUUCAAGGGUAUGGGUGGCGCUAUGGAUUUGGUGUCAAAUCCUGAGCAGACCAAGAUCGUAGUGGCAACUGAACACGUCGAUAAGAAGGGCAGGAGCAAGAUCGUGCAGGACUGCAAGCUACCUCUUACUGGCAAGGGGGUCGUCAGCACGAUAAUCACAGAUCUGGCCGUAUUCCAGGUCGAUCGCGUCAAGGGCGGCUUGACGCUCACUGAGGUUGCCGAAGGCGUUAGCCUUGAAACCGUCAAGAAGAACACGGAUGCCGAGUUCAUUGUGGCAGAGCCUUUGGGCAAGUUUUAGGUGUUUAAGAUACGGUGAUAUAGUCCACAUUGUAUAUAGGGUACGAGCGUUAGCAUUGUUCAGUCUGUAGAUAUCUUUCAAAUUUAAGGAAGUGUAUACUAUGUUCAUCAAGCUG